AUAAGAGGUUUUCUUUCAGAUCCAUAUAAACCGUAAUCUAGGCUGUUUUUGAAAGAGAGUGGUUGCAAAAUGAGUGUUGCCGAGGUUCAUCGUAUCUCUACAACAAAAGUACAGCCAGCAAGUUACAUCCAUAAACUUACUGAUCAUAAUUAUAAGAGGAUUGAUUUAAAUCCAUGGGAUUUGGUUUAUUUGAGACAAAUAUACAUGCAAAGGGGUUUUGUCUUCACCAGGUCACAAUCAAGACCCAUGCAAGAAGAUGAAGAAGACAUGAUAAGUCUUCUGAAAACUUCUUUGUCGUAUGCAUUAGAUCAUUUUUUUCCUCUAGCUGGUCGUCUUGGCAUCGAGAAACAUGAAGAUGAUAAGACGUUCUCCGUUUAUAUCAAUUGUAACUGUGAAGGUGCAGAGUUCAUUCAUGCUACUGCAGACAUAUCAAUAGAUGACAUCAUCUCUCAGCCCUAUACUCCUCCAGGCAUAAUAGAUCCAUUUUUUUCUCUCAAUGGGGUAAUGAACUACGAAGGUCAGUCACAUCCUUUACUUGCUAUUCAAAUAACUGAACUACGCGAUGGUGUGUUCAUAGGGUGCAGUACAAACCAUUCAGUAUGUGAUGGUACAUCAUUUUGGCGUUUUAUUAAUUUAUGGUCUGAGAUCUGUAGAUCUUCCGAUUAUCAUACUUCAUGUCCUCCUCCAGUUGUCGAACGCUGGUUUAUCAGUGACACAGACUGCCCUAUCCGUCUUCCUUCCGCUGAUGAAUUUUUGGUAACAAGGAAUAUCGGUGAUGCUAAAGUUCAACUUUUUAAGGGUUAUGUAGAGAAAUGUUUUCGUUUCACUAAACCAAACAUUGCAAAAAUAAAGGCGAGGGCUAAUUCAGAAAUAAUAUCUCAAACAAAUCAAAAAACGGAAAUCUCUUCGCUACAAGCUGUAUUGGCUCACAUUUGGACAGCAGUAUUACGUGCUAGAAGUGGCUUACAUAAUAAUUAUGACGAAACCGAAGAGACUUUGUUUGGAUUAGUGAUGGAUAACAGGACUAAGUUGAUUCCACCCUUGCCAGAAACGUACUUUGGCAACUCAGGAUCCAAUUUACUAGUAACCGCAAAGGACAGUGAGGUGCUCCAAAGGGGAUUUGGGUUCUUAGCUUCUUUAUUGAAUGAGGCGGUUAAUUCUUUCAAUGAUGAGAAAAUUAGAAGUACUUUUGAGUCGAGGACAAAGACUCCUGUGAUCUUCAUCAAUUCGGGCGACCAGGCAGGAGUUGCGAAGAAGAAUUUAUGGGCGAGGGGUUCCCAUAGGUUCAACAUGUACGGAAAUGAUUUUGGUCGGGGUCGACCUAUUGCUGUGAAAACCGGUAUGCGCCGAAAAUCACAUGGAAUGACAACUGUGAAUGAAGGACCAGUUAAAGGAAGUAUUGACAUCGAAAUCAACCUUACAAUUGAGGUGUUUAAGGCCAUGGAAAAUGAUGCUGAAUUCAUGAAAGGCUUCUCAAUUUGACCCUUUUCUUAUAAAUCAGUAGUUGUCGUCUCACUAAUUUUUAUCUAUCAUUGUUGUUCUUCCUUCCAAUUAACAAGUAAAACUUUUUUUGCCAUGAA